AUGGGCAGCCAUGCCCACCUCCUCUGGCUACUGCUCUUCCAAGCUGUGGUGCUUCCUGAAGCAGUUGGCUACAGAAGAGAUGUCAGAGGAUCUGGAGGAAGGCUGGGGAAGGGACGCACCAGGAGAAGCCCCCCCGAAGGCACGCCUGUGGAGCAGCAGGAAGCGAGGGCGGGUCUCUCUCGCAAUCGGUCCCCGGAGCCGUCCAUGCGGGAGUGCGGCCCUGCGGGUGUGCGACCGUCCACGCAUGCAACCCUGCGGGUGUGUGACCGUCUGCGGGUGUGUGGCCCUGCGGGUGUGCGACCGUCUAUGCAUGCAACCCUGCGGGUGUGCAACCCUGCGGGUGUGCGGCCCUGCGGGUGUGUGACCGUCCACGCAUGCAACCCUGCGGGUGUGCGACCGUCUAUGCAUGCAACCCUGCGGGUGUGCGACCCUGCGUGUGUGACUCUGCAGGUGUGCUGCCCUGUGGGUGUGCGACCGUCCAUGUGUGCAACCCUGCGGGUGUGCGCCCCUGCGGGUGUGCGACCGUCCAUGCGUGCAACCCUGCGGGUGUGCGACCCUGCGUGUGUGACUCUGCGGAUGUGCUGCCCUGUGGGUGUGCGACCGUCCAUGUGUGCAACCCUGCGGGUGUGCGCCCCUGCGGGUGUGCGACCGUCCAUGCGUGCAACCCUGCGGGUGUGCGACCCUGCGUGUGUGACUCUGCGGAUGUGCUGCCCUGUGGGUGUGCGACCGUCCAUGUGUGCAACCCUGCGGGUGUGCGGCCCUGCGGCCACCGAACUCUCAGCCCCUCUCCUGGCAGAGAAUGCUGAAGAAUCACUGCCAAUGCAUCAAGGUGAUGGAAGCUCAGUAACCAUAUUAUCAGUUCUCCCUGCUGCUGUCUCAACUCGGCUAUCUCCCUUAACUGCUGUACAUUCAGCUCUCUCAACUUCCACCAACUCAGAAGAUGUUAACCACAGAAUGAAGGCAUCAGGUUUAGGGGUGACUGAGCUGGUAGCUCUUGGCCGGCUGCAAAUUGAGUCCUUUGCAGAUGUGUCCCAGGCCUACCCAUGGCUGACUCACUAUCUGCCAGCGGCAGAGGCAAUUCGUCAAAGCUCAGAUCCCCAGACCAAUGAUUUUCCAGCCCUCAUCCCUACCGCUGAGCCUGAAGAGGCCGCUGUGAGACUGAAGAAAACCUCUCUGCCGCCAGGCAGAGGCCAGGCCUCAGUGUCCCCUCCUUCUGUGUCCCCAGGAGCCUGGCUGGAGGUGAGGCUGGUGAAUGGCACAGGGAAAUGCUCAGGUCGUGUGGAGGUCCUCUUCCAGGACACGUGGGGGACGGUGUGCAGUGACCUCUGGGACCUUACCGAGGCCACCGUAGUGUGCCACCAGCUGCAAUGUGGCCAGGCUGUGUCCGCCCCCAGGGGGGCCCACUUUGGAGCAGGCUCUGGGAAGAUCCUGCUGGAUGAUGUGCAGUGUGUGGGCAUGGAAAGUCACCUGGGGCAGUGCAAGCAUGGAGAGCAGGCCGAGCCCAACUGUGGGCACCUGGAGGAUGCCGGAGUCAUCUGUGCAGAACUCCAAAAGAACCUGUCUCCCACAUCUUCUGCACUAUCAGCGGCUGAACACUCACCUUCUACUGCACCGCCAGGAGGCCCGGCCCCUGUGCGGCUGGUGGGCACCCACACACGUUGUGCAGGUCGUGUGGAGCUUUUUUACCAAGGAGUCUGGGGGACCGUGUGUGAUGACCUCUGGGACCUUCCACAAGCACACGUCAUCUGCAGGCAGCUGGGGUGUGGCUCGGCCAUUUCUGCCCUUGGUGAAGCCCACUUUGGGGAAGGUUCUGGAAAGAUCGUCCUGGACAAUGUGCACUGCCAGGGACACGAGGAGCACCUGGAGGAAUGUGCCCACAUUGGGCUGUUCUCCCACAACUGUGAUCAUGCUGAAGACGCCAGUGUGGUCUGUUCAGAUGCUGACUAUCCCGUGGACGACCCCCAAGUUAGGAGAGGCGACAUGAAUGAGUGUGGAAAUUGUUCCACUGACAAGCCUCAAUGUGGAGGAAUUAUCACCAAUUCAUCUGGAGCAAUUAGGAAUCCCCCCAAAAAUGAAAUGCAUGACAACAUAACCUGUGUGUGGGAAAUCCAGGCAAAUGCAUCUGAUCACAUACUGCUGGCAUUUCCACAUCUUAACCUCGACUGUACCAAUGAGUACUUUGAAGUCCUGGAUGGCCCCCCCUCCUCUACGAAGUCCCUGGGGAGGACCUGCUCUGGCUACUACCUCACCUUCUCAUCCUCCUCCAACUUAAUGACCCUUGUGUACUUCCGAAGCUUCAACAACAUAGGGAAAGUUUUUAUGGCUUACUAUUAUUCUGCAGCCAAAGGGGACUGGCCAGAGCUGCGGUUGGUGGGGGGCUCCAGCCGGUGCUCAGGCCGUGUGGAGGUCCUCUACCAGGGGGCCUGGGGCACCGUGUGUGACGACCUGUGGGAUCUGAAUGAAGCUGAGGUUGUGUGCCACCAGCUGGGGUGUGGUCGGGCCCUGUCCGCUCUUGGGAAAGCCUACUUCGGCGAAGGCUCUGGAGACAUCUUCCUGGAUAACCUCCAGUGUGCUGGAAUGGAACGCUUCCUGGGCCAGUGUGCCCACUCAGGCUGGUUGGAGCACAACUGCGGUCACCAUGAGGACGCUGGAGUCAUCUGCUCAGGUGAUAGAGAAUCUCAGACGAACAGUCAUGGUGACUGGCCAGAGCUCCGGCUGGUGGACGGCCCUAGCCGGUGCUCGGGUCGCGUUGAGGUCCUUCAUCAGGGGGCCUGGGGCACCGUGUGUGACGAUCUCUGGGACCUGAAAGAAGCUGAGGUCGUGUGCCGCCAGCUGGGGUGUGGUACAGCUAUUUCUGGCCCUGGUGAGGCCUACUUUGGCCCAGGUUCCGGAGACAUCUUCCUGGACAACUUCCAGUGCUUUGGGAUAGAGCAGUACCUGGGCCAGUGUGCCCACUCAGGCUGGUUGGAGCACAACUGCGGCCACCACGAGGAUGCCAGUGUCAUCUGCUCAGAUGCAGAAGAUGCCCUGCCACCCACACCUCCAGGUCCUUUAGUGAGUUCUUGGGAUCCAGUAGCAGGACAAAACAAUUCUUGUGGAGGAGUCAUUUCUAGUCUUUCCGGCUUAUUUUCUAGUCCACAGUAUCCAGAAAACUACCCAACAGACAUCCAGUGUGUUUGGGAGAUCCACGUGGACAAAAAGUUUCAUAUAGAACUCAUGAUUCCAAGUUUGAAUCUGGAAGACAUUCUUGGAUGUCCCUAUGACUCGGUUGAGAUCUUUGAUGGCCCCAGGAUCGCCUCCCUCUCCAUGGGGAAGUUCUGUGCCUCAGCAGCUGUUAUGUUUUUCUCCUCCUCAAAUAUCAUGACAGUGGUGUUCCGAAGUGAUUACAUGAUAACCAACACUGGCUUUUAUGCUCUGUUUCAUGCGAUUCCAGUGGAAGAAGGGGAGCCAGAAAAUGAGCCAGCACUGCGCCUGGUGGGGGGCUCCAGUCGGUGCUCAGGACGUGUGGAGGUCCUCCAUCAGGGGGCCUGGGGCACCGUGUGUGAUGACCUGUGGGACAUGAAUGAAGCCGCAGUUGUGUGCAGACAGCUAGGCUGUGGACCCGCCAUUGCUGCUCUGGGAAAGGCCUCCUUUGGCCCAGGCUCUGGAGACAUCCUCCUGGACAACAUCCAGUGUUCCGGAAGUGAGAACCACCUCGGUCAGUGCCCCAGCGCUAGCUGGUCAGACCAUAACUGUGACCACAAUGAGGAUGCUGGUGUUGUCUGCUCAGCCAACCACGGUGUCUCAUCUGCUCCCACAGAAGGAAGCAACGUGUGUGGCGGCGUCAUUUCCAGUCUCUCGGGUUCCUUCUCCAGUCCCUGGUACCCUACCAACUACCCCACGGACGUGGAGUGUGUCUGGGUGAUACACGUGGCCGAGGCGUUCCACAUAGAGCUGGUGAUCCCCACUGUGCAGCUGGAGGACAUCUCGGGGUGCCCUUAUGACUUUGUGGAGGUGUUCGAUGGACAGCCAGCCGCCUCGCGAUCCUUGGGCCGAGUAUGUGCUGGCACUGGGCUCACGUUCCUCUCUUCUUCAAACGUCAUGACUGCGGUGUUCAGAAGCGAUGCCAUGGUCACCAACACAGGGUUUUACGCUCUGUACAACACCAUCCAGCAAGAUGAAAGCCAGAGCGGUCUGGCCCUGAGGCUGGUGAAUGGUAACCACAGGUGUGAGGGCCGAGUGGAAGUCUCCUACAAUGGCACCUGGGGCACCGUCUGUGAUGACAGCUGGGACCUGGCAGAUGCCAAGGUGGUGUGUGAGCAGCUGGGCUGCGGGGAAGCCAUGGCAGCCCCGACUCAGAGCUACUUUAACGGAGGAACUGGCCACAUCCUGCUGGAUGAUGUGCGGUGCACGGGGAAGGAAGCCAAGGUGUGGCAGUGCACGCACAACGGAUGGUUCUCCCACAACUGCGGGCACCAUGAGGACGCUAGCGUCAUCUGCUCAGGUAUCAAUGCCAGUCCAAGCAGAGGACCAACAGAUGAAGAUUUCCACUGUGGUGGUUUGCUCACAAAUAUUUCUGGCUCUUUCUCCAGCCCUUGGUAUCCCAAAAAAUACCCCACAAAUGUGGUGUGUACCUGGGACAUCCAAGUGGACAGCAGGGCUCACAUCAGACUUACAUUUGAAGUAGUCAAACUGGAAAAUUUCUAUGGCUGUCCCUAUGACUUCAUUGAAAUCUUUGAUGGCCCACAAAGUGAAUCUUUUUCACUGGGACGAUUCUGCUCAGAAACAACCCCGAUAUUUACCUCCUCAUCAAACCAGAUGACCGUGGUGUUCCACAGUGAUGAAAUCGUCACCAACGUUGGCUUCUAUGCAUCUUAUGAGGCUCUGAUACAGGAUGACAGUGACACAGCUGUGGGCCUCAGGCUGGCCGGCGGCAGCCACGCGUGUGAGGGCCGCGUGGAGCUGCACUACAACGGCAGCUGGGGCACUGUGUGCGAUGACGCGUGGGACCUGAGGGACGCCCGGGUGGUGUGCAGGCAGCUGGGCUGUGGCGGAGCCCGGGCGGCCCUCGGGCGGGCACAUUUCGAGCGAGGCGUGGGCCCCAUCGCCCUGGACGACGUGGAGUGCACGGGGACAGAAGGCCGGCUGUGGCAGUGUCUGCACGGGGGCUGGUUCUCCCACAACUGUGGCCACCACGAAGACGCGGGUGUCAUCUGCACAGGUCUGGGCGUGCGGCUGGUGAAUGGGGCAAGCAGAUGUGAGGGCCGAGUGGAGGUGUUCCAUGACGGCACCUGGGGCACCGUGUGCGAUGACAGCUGGUCCAUAGAGGAUGCUCACGUGGUCUGCAGACAGCUGGGCUGUGGGCCAGCCUUGUCUGCCCUCCCGGGGGCCAGCUUCCGCCCGGGGUCAGGAAGAAUCCUCCUCGAUGACGUCAACUGCACGGGCAGCGAGCCUUCCCUGGCUCUGUGUCCUCACAGCGGCUGGCUCACCCACAACUGCGGGCACCAGGAAGACGCCGGUGUCAUCUGCGCAGGUUCUGAGGCUGUUGAACCUCCACAUCUGCCGGUGGUGAGGCUGGCCUAUGGGAAGAGCUGGUGUGAAAGUCAGGUGGAGGGCCAUCACAGAAAUGAACCUUCAUCCUUAACAGAAGAAGGAAAUACCUCAGCAAGAGAGAAAAAUACUUCCUCAGAAGAGGAUGAGGACAAUACCUCAGCAGAAGAGAAAAACAGCUCAGCAGAAAGGGAAAAUACUUCAGCAGAAGAGGAAAAUACUUCAGCAAAAGAGAAAAAUACCUCAGCAGGAAAGCAAAAUACAUCAGCAGAAAAGGAUAAUACUUCAGCAGCAGAAGGAAAUACUUCAGCAGAAGAGGUCAAGAACAUUACCUCAGUAGAAGAGGAAAAUACCUCAGCAGGAAAAGGAAACACUUCAGGAGAAGAGGAAAAUACUUCCCCAGAAGAAGAAAAUACUUCAGCAGAAGAGGAAGAGGACAAUACCUCAGCAGAAGAGGAAAAUACCUCAGCAGGAAAGAAAAAUACUUCAGCAGAAGAGGAAAAUACUUCCGCAAAAGAGGAAAAUACCUCAGUGGGAGAGAAAAAUACUUCAGCAGAUGAAGAAAGUACUUCAGUAGAAGAGGAUAAGGACAAUACCUCCGCAGAAGAGGAAAAUACUUCCACAGAAGAAGAAAAUACCUCAGCAGAAGAGGAAAAUACUUCCACAGAAGAGGGAAAUAUCUCAGCAGGAGAGAAAGGUACUUCUGCAGAAGAGGAAAAUACUUCCACAGAAGAAGAAAAUACUUCAGCAGAGGAGGAAAAUACUUCCACAGAAGAAGAAAAUACUUCAGCAGUGGAGGAAAAUACUUCCACAGAAGAAGAAAAUACUUCAGCAGUGGAGGAAAAUACUUCCACAGAAGAGGGAAAUAUCUCGGCAGGAGAGAAAGGUACUUCUGCAGAAGAGGAAAAUACUUCCACAGAAGAAGAAAAUACUUCAGCAGAUGAAGAAAGUACUUCAGUAGAAGAGGAUAAGGAUAAUACCUCAGCAGAAGAGGAAAAUACUUCCACAGAAGAGGACAAGGACAAUACCUCAGCAGAAGAGGGAAAUACCUCAGCAGGAAAGAAAAAUACUUCAGCAGAAAAGGAAAAUACUUCCACAGAAGAGGAAAAUACUUCCACAGAAGAGGAAAAUACUUCCACAGAAGAGGACAAAGAUAAUACCUCAGCCAAAGAGGAAAAUACCUCAUCAGGAAAGAAAGAUACUUCAGCAGAAGAGGAAAAUACUUCAUCCGAAGAGGACAAUACCUCAGCAGAAGAGGAAAAUACCUCAGCAGAAGAGGAUGAGGACAAUACCUCAGCUGAAGAGGAAAAUAAUUCAGCAGAAGAGGAAAAUACCUCAACAGAAGAGAAAAAUACUUCAGCAGACAAGGAAAAUACUUCAGCAGACAAGGAAAAUACUUCAGCAGGAAGGAAAAAUACUUCAACAAAAGAGGAUGAGAACAAUACCUCAGCAGAAGAGGACAAUACCUCAGCAGAAGAGGGCAGUCCGCCUGGACCAAAGCAACCCCCACCUCCUAUGCCCCUGAAAACAGAGGCUGCACGCGGCCGCGGCGGCCUUCUGACCGCCCCUCUGCCCGCAGGCCGGCCGCUGCGCCUGGUGGGCGGCCGCAGUCGCUGCGAGGGCCGGCUGGAGGUGCGCUACCGGGGCCAGUGGGGCACCGUGUGCGACGACCACUGGGGCAUCAAGAACGCCUUUGUGGUGUGCCGCCUCCUGGGCUGCGGCCGUGCCCUGCGCGCCCCGGGCCGCGCCCACUUCGGCCCGGGCACGGGGCUCAUCCUGCUGGACGACGUGCGCUGCUCCGGCUCCGAGGCUGCGCUGGACCGCUGUGCCCACCCGGGCUGGGGGCGGCACAACUGUGGGCACCAGGAGGACGCCAGCGUGAUCUGCGCAGGUCCGGAGGACUCUGUUGUACCCAAGGACAAUGCCCAGCUUUCCUGCCUACCUCACCGCUUCCAAGCUGUCGUGGAUCGAGGCUAUCUGCGAAGACUGGGCUACUCCUCCUGGGAUCUUCACUUAAACGAUAACGCGUGUCGCCCCCAUGUCACAGGACGCUACCUGAUCUUUAACAUUCCCUACGGCCGCUGCGGCACUGUCCAGCAGGAACACCGUGGCUCGCUCAGCUACUCCAACUCCAUCAGAGGUCGAGGGCGGGAUCACCCUGGCCGCGUCAUCGUGAGACACAAGGUGCCCCACCUGAAGUUUACCUGCAGAGUGGAUGGCCCAUCCACGGGUGAAGCUGGCGCCCGGGCAGAGGAUGCUGGCUAUGAAGUGUCCAUUUCAUUCAUCCAGUCACCCGCAUCCCCGCGGGGGAAAGGCAUGGCACCUUAUUAUGCCGGCCAGGGGGAAGAGGUGUUCCUUGAGGCUACGCUCCAGAGCACAGAUCCCAACCUGAGGCUCUCCGUGGACACGUGUGUGGCUUCUCCCAAUGCCAGUGAUUUCACAACCAACACAUACGAUCUGAUCCGGCAAGGGUGCAUCAAAGACAAUACCUACACCAACCUGCACUCCGUCAAGAAGAAUGUGGCCCAGUUCAAGUUCAAUGCCUUCAGCAUUCUCGACAGCUACGAAGUGAUCUAUCUGCAGUGUAAGAUUGCUGUGUGCAGAGAGGGAGACUACUCUUCUCGGUGUUCUCAAGGAUGUACAGAGCGCAGGAGGAGAGGUGCAGGCCCUGUGGAGGCCAAGGAAGAACAGACUGAGUAUUUCCAAAUGGUGGGGCCACUGGAGGUCCCCAGAGCUUCUGCUUACAGCAAGACCCUCGUGUGAUUUUUUCUUCCCAGCUGUCAUGUGAAUCUGCCAGAAACUAGGAACCCAAAUCUAUUUCUUUCAGGGAAAUACUAAUGAAUCAAAAGUUACUCAUGGAGAGCCUGGCUAAAGAAAGAUAGUAGCUUUCUUUCCUGAGAUUUGUUACUAAAUCUUUUCUGAUUACUGAGCUUUUAAAGCGGUUACUCUCUUGGUAGCUAAAAAUGUUGAUUUUCUACUUCCUCACUUCAAGAACUUGAUCAUUGUCUUACUAUGUGUAAAUGUUAGAAAAAGCAGGAUUGUCUCCCUCUAAUCCAUAGUCAAUUUAAUUAUUCUUGUUUUUAAGUUUGUAUCUUAUUAUCCAGAUGCUAAUAAGUAAGCAUACUUUUCUGUCCCUCUGGUGUUGUGAGAAUUUAUUUCGAGAUCUUGCUAAGGGUCCUGUAAUAAUAAUAACAAUAAUAAACAACUUUAAUGUUUGUUGGGAAGCCAUUGCUCAUUUUUCUUUA